UAAAGCAAAUCCAAACCUGAAUCUGAGCAUCUAUAACAUUUUUUCAGAAGCUUCAAAUUUUAGUUUUCCAGACACGAGAAAUGGCUUUGUUCAGAGGUCUCUUGGGUGCAAAGAAGAUCAUUGGCGUUUCUGUAGCGGUUACAAGCAAACAGACCGUUUCAGCGCCAAAGGGGUUUCUUGCAGUGUACGUUGGUGAAGACCAGAUCCAGAAGAAGAGAUAUGUGGUGCCAAUCUCAUAUUUAAACCAGCCUUCUUUUCAAGCUCUUCUCAGCAAAUCCGAAGAAGAGUUUGGAUUCGAUCAUCCAAUGGGUGGCUUGACAAUCCCCUGUCCUGAAGAUACCUUCAUUAGUGUGACGUCAAGGUUUCAAUGAUGAUGUUCCAAAAGAAGAAAAAACUAACGUUAGUUAGAGAUAUAAUCAUCCAAUGUAAAUAUGUUAACGUUUUACAAUGUGAAAGAGUUAAAUAAUAU